AUGUCAUACUUAAACAACUCGAAUGAGUCCAAUGGCAUGUGCAAGGAGAUCGAGGAGGAUCAAUUGGAGGCCCUCCUGUACAGUCCCAUGGAAUUCCUGACCACUGUUGUGACACCAUGCAUCUUGUUCUUUGGACUCAUCGGCAACCUGAGCUUUCUGGUGGUGGUGUUCCGCAUCAAGUGGAUGCGCACUGUGGUGAACUGCUACCUGGUCAACCUAGCUGUGGCCGACAUCCUUUUCCUGCUCUUUGCAGCGGGCGACCAGAUCCUAGCUCACCUGCUAACACCGGUGGGCAAGGACGACUACUUUCGCGGUAUGGCCGGCUGCAUCCUGAUCCACCUGGUCAAAGAUGCCUGCUUCUUUUCCUCGCUGUCCCUCAUCACCUUGGUCACGCUGCAGAAGUUCUACGCAGUGUGCCAGCCGUACCAGUACAAGCGAUGCACCGGCAGGCGGCAGCCCACCAAGUUCGUCGCAGUGUCUUGGUUCCUCUCCGUCGCCUUUGCCUGCCUUCUCAUACCAGGCACCGCCAAGUUUGAAACAUACUGUAUCAUUUGGCCGCAAAACGACACCUACAAGGAUUUUCCGGAAAUCAUCGGAUUCUGUGUGCCGCACGACAACUUUGAGAUAGUCGGAAUGAUCCUCCAGUCGAUUCCUUUCUUCAUGGCGCUGGUCGUCAACUUUUACCUGUACGGGAAGAUUAUCGUCGCCUUACACCAUCGAACAACCUCUGGCAAGGGUUCCAACGAAAAGGCUCGCAUACGGACGAGAAACCAGAUGGCCCGCAUGGUUAUCACCAACGGCAUCAUCUUCUUUUUGUGCUUGAGCCCGAUCCACAUCACGUCCUUAGCGAAAGCCAUUAGGAACCUGAGUGGCACCGGCGUACUCAGCCCCAAGCAGUUCGUCCAAAUGAGCCAGGUGUUUCAGGUCAUAACCCAUCUCAACUCCGCCAUCAAUCCCAUCGUCUACAACGCUACCAACCCCCGCUACCGCCAAGCCUUCUGUCAGACGUUCUGCUGCUGUUGCCUCUCCAAACACAGCAAGUAUCGGUCAGCCGUUCAGCUGAGAGAGGUCUCCGGGACCAAGACCGGCGCGACAGUGUCCGCGGAUCGAAGCUUCUCGCCAAACUUCAUCCAGCGGACCACUGAUACGCAGAUCUCGAGAAAUGAUGUGCUUUAG